UGUAAUAAAUUUAAAUAUGAGUAGAGACGACUCAAGGUCUGUUCUAAACGCCUUUGACUUUCAAGCGAUAGACGAGAUGGACCCCUCCCUUUCGGAAGGACAUAGAAUUGUGUACGAGAGAGAAGUCCCCUUUGAACUAAGGAUCCAGGAUGGCGACACUGGGCCACAGGAGGUAGGCACACUUGAAGCGAUUAAGGUCAAGAUCUUGGUACUAGGCGAGGAUGGCAACCCAGAGCAGAUUAAAGUAGAGCUUAGUUCAGAAAAUGAUAUGUUUUUCCACUAUACGCAUAAUAUUGAGGAAUUAUCGUUUUCAAAAGUACAAGAGAGCCAGAAGUUAAUGGUUGAUUACCCAGAUUAUCCUAAUAUAUUAAUAAAGAUGCUAAAUAGCUGUAUCAAGGAGCCACAUUCCUUUUUAGCAGUGUUUAUUAUGCAAAGAGAUGGAAGUGCUAGACUUGAUUUCAUCCAAAACAUGGAAUAUAAAUUUGUUGAAUUAUUAUCCUGUGAUUUUGACGCAAGCACAGAGGAGACGAUCAGACAACAGAUUACCUUCAGAUAUAACGCAGUCAAGUCUAAACUAGCAAUUAUGCAAGCCAGAUUGCAAGAUAUUAAUGCCAUUGUUAAGGUAAAGAACCCUUCUCUUCUCCUACAAUUGCAGAAGGCACCCAUGCAUAACCAAUCUUCUAUGAGAAGCACAAUGAUGUAGA